AGACUGAAAGGAAGAGGAAGAAGCUAGCCCAUUCCUGCCUAAGAGGUGGUGGGAGAAGGAAGAUGGCCAGAGCUGUGUGUCCACUUCAUGCCCUCUGGCUUCUGGAGUGGGUGCAGCUGCUCUUGGGACCCGAUGCUGUCCCUCCAGCCUGGGCCUUGAACCUGGACCCAGUGCAGCUCACCUUCUACACAGGCCCCAAUGGCAGCCACUUUGGGUUUUCGCUGGACUUCUACAAGGACAGCCGUGGGAGGUGCGCCCACGCACAAUUCUUGACCCGCCCCCUCGCUGACCCCUCCUCUUUGCCUUCUCUAGCCGAAGACAAGCGCUACUGCGAAGCGGGCUUCAGCUCCGCGGUCACUCAGGCUGGAGAGCUGGUGCUUGGGGCCCCUGGCGGCUAUUUUUUCUUAGGUCUCCUGGCGCGAGCUCCUAUUGCCGAUAUCGUCUCGAGUUACCGCCCAGGCACCCUCUUGUGGAACGUGCCCGCCCAGCGCUUCUCCGCAGACUACAACAACCCAGUGUACUUCGACGGCUACCGGGGGUACUCGGUGGCCGUGGGCGAGUUCGACGGGGAUAUCAACACUACAGAGUAUGUCUUAGGCGCCCCCACCUGGAGCUGGACCCUGGGAGCGGUGGAAAUUUUGAACUCGUACCACCAGACGCUGCACCGGCUGCACGGAGAGCAGAUGGCUUCGUAUUUCGGGCACUCGGUGGCCGUCACUGAUGUCAACGGGGACGGGAGGCACGACCUGCUGGUGGGCGCGCCACUGUACAUGGAGAGCCGCGCUGACCGCAAACUGGCCGAGGUGGGGCGUGUGUACUUGUUCCUGCAGCCUCGCGGUCACCACCCACUGGGCGCCCCCAGCCUUCUGCUGACGGGCACACAGCUCUACGGGAGAUUCGGCUCCGCCAUCGCGCCUCUGGGCGACCUCGACCGGGACGGCUACAACGAUGUUGCAGUGGCCGCCCCCUAUGGGGGUCCCAGUGGUCGGGGCCAAGUGCUGGUGUUCCUGGGUCAGAGUGAGGGGCUUAGCUCACGCCCCUCCCAGAUCCUGGACAGCCCCUUCCCCACAGGCUCUGGCUUCGGCUUCUCCCUGCGAGGUGGCACAGACAUCGAUGACAACGGAUACCCAGACCUACUGGUAGGAGCUUAUGGGGCUAACCAGGUGGCUGUGUACAGAGCUCAGCCAGUGGUGAUGGCCAAUGUGCAGCUGCUGGUGCAAGAUUCACUGAAUCCUGCUGUGAAGAACUGUGUCCUGCCCCAGACCCAGACACCAGUGAGCUGCUUUAACAUCCAGAUGUGUGUAGGAGUCACUGGGCACAGCAUUCCUCAGAAGCUGCCCCUACACGCUGAGCUGCAGCUGGACCGGCAGAAGCCUCGCCAGGGCCGGCGGGUGCUACUGCUGAAUUCUCAACAGGCGGGCACCACCCUGCAUCUGGACCUGGGCGGGAGGCACAGCCCCAUCUGCCACUCCACCAUGGCCUUCCUCCGGGAUGAGGCUGACUUCCGGGACAAGCUGAGCCCCAUCGUGCUCAGCUUCAAUGUGUCCCUGCAGCCCGAGAAGGACGGAAUACCCCCCGAGCUCGUGCUUCACGGGGACACCCAUGUCCAGCAGCAGACCCGCAUCAUCCUGGACUGCGGAGAGGAUGAUCUGUGUGUGCCCCAGCUCCAGCUCACCGCCAACGUGAUGGGCUCCCCACUCCUCAUUGGAGCUGACAAUGUGCUGGCAAGCCUGAAUGGAUACAUUAAUGAGGGGGGGCCUAGAGGCGGGGAGGCACAGUUGUCGCAUACCCCAGGUGCCCACUACAUGAGGGCCAUCAGCAACAUUGAGGGCUUUGAGAGACUCAUCUGUAACCAGAAGAAAGAGAAUGAGACCAAGGUGGUGCUGUGUGAGCUGGGCAACCCGAUGAAGAAAAAUGCCCGGAUGGGAAUCACGAUGUUGGUGAGCGUGGGGGACCUGGAAGAGGCUGGGGAGCAUGUGUCCUUCUGGCUGCAGAUCAGAAGCAAGAAUAGCCAGAAUCCAAACAGCGAGGCUGUGCAGCUGGAUGUACCAGUCCGGGCAAAGGCCCACAUGGAACUGCGAGGGAACUCCUUUCCAGCCUCCUUGCUGAUGGUGGCGGAAGAAGGCAACGGGGAGAACAACUCGGACAGCUGGGGCCCCAAAGUUGAGCACACCUAUGAGCUCCAUAACAAUGGCCCCAGCACUGUAAGUGGCCUCCACCUCAGCCUUAGCUUUCCCAGCCAGUCCCAGCCCUCUGACCUGCUCUACAUCUUGGAUAUACAGCCUCAGGGGGGGCUUCAAUGCUCCCCACAGCCGGCUCCUAACCCCCUCAAGCUGGACUGGGGGCUGCCUACCCCCAGCCCUUCCCCCAUUUACACGGGGCAUCACAAGCGGGACCGCAGACAGGCCCUCCUGCCAGGGUCCAACCAGCCCUCCAGGCUUCAGGAUCCAGUUCACCUGAGCUGCGACUCAGUGCCCUGUACAGUGGUGCAGUGUGAGCUACAGGAGAUGGCACGAGGGCAGCGGGCCAUGGUCACGGUGCUGGCCUUCCUGUGGCUGCCCAGCCUCCAGCAGAGGCCACUGGAUCAGUUCGUGCUAAAGUCAAAAGCUUGGUUCAACGUCUCCUCCUUUCCUUACUCUGUGCCCGCCCUCAGCCUGCCCAGUGAAGAAGUUACGGUCGAGACGCAGCUGCUUCGUGUCUUGGAGGAGAGAGACAUUCCAAUCUGGUGGGUGCUGUUAGGCGUAUUGGGCGGCCUGCUGUUGCUCACGGUCCUGGUCCUGGCCAUGUGGAAGGUUGGCUUCUUCAAGCGUGUUCGGCCACCACUAGAAGAAGAUGAAGAGGAGGAGUGAAGGGGCAGCGUCGCUGUGUCCUGGGAGCAUCCUGGGAGGAAGGCGGCAGGCGUGCCCGCCCCUCCCCUUCUUCAGGGUGCACCCCCAGCUCUAUGGGUUGGAGCUGUCCCCUAGACACCCGAUAUUCUCCCCUCCAGUGAGAGCUGGCCACUCCCUUCCCUGCUGGCAAAUAAAGAGGCUGAGCCCCAACCCCCA